AUGCCGGAUGAGUUCCCACCUCCUCCGGGCUCCUGGUCACCCGUGGAUAUUAGCACCUCGGAGCGGCGUAGCUUCCCACAGAUAACCAGGUACCCCGUCCUUUAUCUUGCGCUCCGAAACACGGUGCUUUUCCUGUGGAAUGAAGAUCCAAAGCGACUGGUGACUUGCGACCUAGUCCAGUCACGACUCAUCAUCCGUGGCCUGUUGCGCGUUCUGCUGAUUGAGCAGUGGUUGCCUCGUCUGUUAGCUGAAUUGACGCGUCUCGGAAUGAUCAACUUUGGCGUCUGCGCUGCCCCUGUCAAUCCAGCUGCCAACACCGCCGAUCGACCUGCGACACUGAACAUCUCUUCUCUAUCUUCCCAGGCAGACCUGUCUAUGUACGUGGAGCCUCCAGUUUGUUUGUUUUCUCAGACGGAGCACGGCCUGGUUAAGGUUGAUCGGCCUCUUGCCGAGCGCAUGGAGUUCCACGUGGAGGCUCUUUUUGAUCAAGUUGUCUUCGAAGAACCAGCUUUGACUGGCCACGAUAAUUCAUCUGUCCAAGCUACGGCAGGCCGUGAGAUCGGCGGACUUUUGGGCGUGAUUAUUGAGCUGUUGCCGGACCGGAGGUCCGGCAACUUGCACGUCGACCGUCGUACGAAAUUCUGCAAAUCGUAG